GCGACGGUCUCGAGAGACCUAAAGCCAGCUUCCUUUCUCUGCUGGACUCUGCCUUUAGCUCCGUCACCUAUCGAAGCCAGUGGACAGCCUGGCCUCCUCCACAGUUCUAUAGACUGUGCUUUUAGACUCAGCCCCAGGCUGUAGCGGGGCAGAUAGGUCUCUUUUUUGAGUCACGUGCCCUUCAAACUGGUCUCUAUAGCAACCGCUUGACAGUGGUCCGUCGGCCUCAAUCACCCCGGAAAGGGCGGAAACUCGGCCCGGAGGUUCCGGGAAAUGUAAUCUGGAAGUGGAGGUGCAGACAGGAUCGGGCGGAUGGAGGAGGGGCGGGGUUGGGAAAUAACUAACUCACUUCUGCCUCAGGCGAGGAAGCGGAGAUCUAAGGAAUUGUGGUGAUGACUUCGGGCCCUAUUGGGCGUCCUUGAAGAGCAAUCUAAAGGGAAUAUUUUUGAGGCGUACUCCCGUCUGUUUUUUUUUUUCCUUCUAAAAUUUGAACAAGUACAAAUGGCUGUGGAAUCUAGAGAGGCUGUAGCCCUGGAUGCCCAGAAUCCUACCGGAAAAGAGAGACUUCAGGUAGUAAACAUGGAGGAGGAAGAGGAUUACUUAUGGGGAGAAAAAGGUAGCCAGAAGAGGAACAGCCAUUCCAUUCAGGAGAUCUUCCGCCUGCGUUUUAGGCAGUUUGGCUAUUAUGACACACCUGGACCCCGAGAGGCUCUGAACAAACUCUGGGAACUUUGUCAUCAGUGGCUAAGACCAGAGAUACAUACAAAAGAGCAGAUUCUAGAGCUGCUCGUGCUGGAACAGUUCCUGACCAUUUUGCCAGAGGACCUGCAGACUUGGGUGAGAGAUCAGCAUCCAGAAAGUGGAGAGGAGGUGGUUACUGUGCUGGAAGAUUUGGAGAGAGAACUUCUUGAACCAGGACAACAGGCGGGAAAGAUUGUAUCCAGUACUCCCAGAGAGGCAGGGGCUUGGGAGAAGAUGGCACCUUUAGGAACAGCACAGGAUGCACUAAAUGUCCAGCUUCAGCCUAUGAACAUCCAGAUCAAGUGUGGGUCUCCAGAGUCUCAAUUCCUACAAGAAAGAGAUUUUGAGACUAGUACCAAGUGGUCCCUUCCAAAGCAGGAACAUUCUGAAGAUGUAGAGUCACAGGAAGGGAUAUCUGGAAGAUUCCCAAUGGGUGUUUCUCAGAGAACCAAGAUUGAAGAAGUCUAUGAAUGUGAAGGCUCUUUAGAUGAGCAACAAGAAAACAACAUGGAGAAAGUUGAUGGAUCCCUUUCUCAGGAGGGCAUUAUGCUAGUGACCAUCCCUUCUGAAAAAACUUCCUUAGGAGAAAAUGGUGAUGAAUAUGAGAGUCUGAGUAGUUGCCAUUUGAGCUCAGACCUGGUUACACAACAUAGAAUAGAUAAACCCUAUAUGUCUAAUACAAAUGACCAAAACUCUAGACAGAAUUCAUCUUCUAGUGUACAUCAAAGAGAUCAGACUGUCAAGAAACCAUUUGAAUGUAAUGAAUGUGAGAAAACCUUUAAGCAGAACUCAGAACUUCGAAAACAUCAGAAAUGUCAUAUGGGAGUGAAACCCCACAAAUGUACUCAGUGUGGGAAAGCAUUUGGCCGUGGUUCUGAUCUUAGGAAACAUCAAAGAAUUCAUACAGGAGAGAAACCCUAUUCAUGUAGUGAAUGUGGGAAAGCUUUUAGGGGGAGCUCAGACCUUAUUCAGCAUCAAAGAAUUCAUACUGGAGAUAAACCCUAUCAUUGUAGGGAAUGUGGGAAAGCCUUCAAUCAGACCUCUUCCCUUAUUCAGCAUCAGAGAAUUCAUACUGGAGAGAAACCCUAUGAGUGUAAUGAAUGUGGAAGAGCCUUCAAUCAAAGUUCAGCUCUUACUCAACAUCAGAGAAUUCAUACUGGCGAGAAGCCCUAUUCAUGUAAAGAAUGUGGGAAACCUUUUAGGCAUUGGUCUGGCCUUAUGACACAUCGAAGAGUGCACACCAAACUUUGACCCUAUGCAUAUUCUGAAUAUGAAAAAUCUUCAGACAACUUUGUAACUUUUAUUAAGUCUCAGAAAACACAUACUGGGAUCAUAAUCCCAUAUAGUGAUUAUGAGCUCUUCAAGGGCAGGACCUAUGUUUGUCUUAUUCGGUUUGGUCCUUGCCAGAGUGCCAUGUGCCUAUGAGAAAUAAGGUUUAUUUUGUGAUAGGUUAAUCUAAGUAAUGAAUGGGGAGGGGGAAACAUUAUUUACCUCCUUUUACUUCUUAGGAAACUCAAGGAAUAUGAAAUAAAUGGGAAUGUAAUAUCUUGAGAUGGAGUUUAGCUACUCCAAGAAACUGGAUUGGACACAGCGAUUUUGCUUUACCCUUUUUGCCAAGUCCAGGAGUCCCUAUAUUUGUUGUCAGUUGUCAUUGAGAUCAGGGUGACGUAGAUAUUGUUGGAAGACUCUCCCUCUGAGUAUGAUCAUUCCCUCCCUCCUCCCUGGCCUCCAGUAGCAUUUAUCUCUGAGGAACAGAAUUACAUGAGGAGAGUGAUUCCAGUAUUUUUUUUUCCCAUGGGAAUAAAUGAUCAUAGUCUUCAUGUCUCUGAAGAGGUUUGAUGGGGUGGGGGGGGGGCGGGCGGUAUGGUUAUUAGUAUGUCAGGAAAGAAAGAAAAUAGACACACUUGUGUAGUUUUUUGUUAUAUGGCAUGUAAGGCACUUACCAUAAUUUUUGUAAAUAAUUAUCUUGUAAAAGGGAAGGGUAUGUGGAUUUUGCUAUUUCACAGGUAAAAUUAAUCUCCCAAGAAAAAGGGAGGCUGUACUUCAGGGGAUUAGAUGAGGUUUGGGAGCUCAGAGCCCCAUCCUCAGGAUGUACAGUAUAGGCAAGUAAGUCCUCUGAGAUGAAUUGGGGACAGCUUUUCAAGAAGCUGUCCAAACCAAAAGCCAUUGGACCUGAGAAUUAUAAAGUGACAAUGAUAGGGUUUCACAAAGAUUGUAACUCCUAUCCCAAAGAUGGGAGUGGGCCUUGAGCCAGGUAGAAAGGAUGUUCAACAUAUUGAUCCCUCCUGUCCCCACACCUUCCCCUAGUCAGAAGUUACCUUGAAGUAUGACUAAACUCAGGCCUUAUGGUCCCUGUCCUGAAGAGUAUACCCUUCUGUUUUCCUGGCCCAGUGGGACAUCUCACUUCUUUACUACUUUCUUUAGGCAAGGGUGGUUGAAAUACUUCCUGUUUCCUCUCAGGUCAGUGCUAAAAAGCCAGGAUUUGGUAUUGGAGUCACUGGCUCAAUUCCUGGACUAGGAAUUUUGCCUAUAGACAUUCUGGACCCUUCUGAUCCCUGAGAAGAACAGAGAAGAUGCUGUCUUGCUUCUCUGCCCCUGGAAGUCUCAUUUUUCCAUGUUGCUGUGGGUUUGGCUUGAACGAUUUCAUUUUUCAUCUUAUUUGUGUCUUCGUAGACUUUUCUAAUCAGAGCCCUGAAAGAUAUUGCUACUGAGGAAAGGAGUGUGGGUAUGCUGUGUGCAUAUAUGUGUGUUUUUUUGCUGGCCACUCAGUAUUUUUGUUCCUCUUUCCAUUGCCUAUCAUAAAAACUUACCCUUAUUCCUACAUGGGUAGAAUAGAAAGCCUUUUCUUGAGACCUUAUUUUUGAAAACAUGAAUUGUCUCAACGUCAGAAUCUUUUGCCAUUGUUCAAUCAGUCUGCAGUAGGCAAAGUAAGAAGGAUGUGGCCCUGGGAAUUGGAAGGUGGGUGCUUUGGUAACCACACCAGUGGGCUUACCUUGGAUAUACUACCUAGCUCAGUGAUGUAGCACUAUCAUGUUCACAGUGGCAACUAAUUCUGUUCUUGGGUUUGGGGAGUGGACAUGGGGAAAGCACCCUUCCACUGACUGGGGAAAUAGCGUCAUAAUCACUUUGUGAUGGAAUGGUCAGCAGUUUCUAGAUUUAUAAAUAUAUCUUUUUAGACCAAUUGGACCACAUUAUUAGUACUUGUCCACAAUGUGAAAAUAAUAAGCAUAGGACCAAAGGAAAAAAAAACUAAGUAAGAGUUAUGGCCCAAUCCAUAGUUGUUUUGGAAUUAGAAGGAAGCAUCAUAGAAGGUUUUGCUGGGGAGAGGAGUUGGUGGCAUUUGGAGUCUAUCGGGAGGCCUGAGGUCUGGGGAUUAGGAUGGGAGGUAGACUGUCCUUGGCUUUUAGAUACUAGGUCAACCAAGUCUCCUAAGGCAUUUGAUUUUCUGUGAAGAUAAGAGAUGAGACAUUAAGAGAUUGAGAGCUAUUAAGGAAUUCAUAAGUCAGAUUCACUGAGCCUAAGAUUUUGGUACCUCAGUAAUUUAUCCCACUCAUACUUGAAUGAGAAUCCUCAACAGAGUAGCCAUGACAUGCCUUUUGAGAACCUCUAGUGAGAGAGACCCCAUUACCUUCACCCCCCCCCCCCCUUUUUUUUGUAUGGCUCUAAUGUUAGGAAGUUUUUACUGACAUAAAAUAUAAAUCUGUCUGCAGAUUCUGCCUCUUGCUCAUCAUUCUGCCCCUGGGGCCAAACUGAUUAAAUCUAAUCCUUCCACAUGAAAGGCCUUUCAGGUACUUGAAGACAGUUAUUAUGUUUCUUCAACUGCUGACAGGGGUGUUUUCUCCAGUCUUCAGUCUUGGGUGCCCUCUUGUGGACGUGCCACAUCUUGUCUAUGUCUUCACAACCCAAUGAGUCUCUGUCUCAGCAGAGGAAGUGAGCUUAGGUUGGCAAGACUUCAUUCUGUAUAAGGCUAUGCUGGUGCCUAGAAUUGAACAUAAUACUCCAGAUGUGGUCCAACUAGAGCUGAGUGCAACAGAGCCUUUACUCUCUUGACUGCUGCUGGUGUCAUAAGUGAAGCUUAGUAGAGCAUUGGCUUUUUGACUGCUGUCACAGUGCUGACUCUUAUGAACUUGUGGUCCAUUGGAACCUACAGAUUUUUGUGUGUGUAAAUUAUUUCCUCUCCUCCCUUCAUCUCAUUUGAUUCAAGUCAUUGUUAUCUUGUCAGAGGUCUUUUUGUAAACUAACUGAUCACCCAACAGGCCAGCUGUUCCUCUGCCAUCUACAACUUUGACAAACAUGCCCUCUAUGUCUUGUUGAUGAAAUAUUGACAAUAGUGUUGAACAGUUUAAGGCCAAGGAUAGAUGGUGGAGACAGUCCACUGGAGAGCCUCUUUCGAGUUGAUGCUUCAUUAGUGACUACUCUUUGGGCUGGUCAGAUCCCCGUUGUCCAUAGCUCUCUGUCUUGUCUCCAAAGAUAAUGUGAGAACCACUGUUACAUGCUUUGUUCAAAUCUAGCAGUUCCAUUUUAACUGCAUCCACCUCAUUCCCUUGAUCUACCAGUCUUGCCUUCAAUAGAGGUAAUGUAUUUAGACUGGCAAGUUUCUAUUCUUAUUAAAACAAACAAACAAACAAAACCCUUACCUUCUGUCCUAGAAUCGAUACUAAGUAUCAAUUUUAUGGCAGUAGCACAGUAGGGGCUAAGUGAUUUUCCCAGGAUCACACAGCUAGGAAAAGUCCAAGACCUGAUUUGAAUCCAUAUCCUCCCUGGUUCAGGCCUGGCACUCUAUCUGCUGUGCUCCCUAGCUGCCCCUUCAUUCUUUAUUCUUAUUAUCCUUAUAUCUUUUUAAUAGUUUUUGAAUAUUAUUAGGAAAAAAGUCAAGCUCUCUGUCCUGCUUUUGCAGACUCCAAUUUCAUUUUUCUUUUUGAAAAUUAGGAAUAUUUGCUCCUAUGACACUCAGAAUUUUAAUAGGUGGCAGCUCUGAAGGAGGAUGAAGCUUAGGCAAUUUAUGAAACAUUGUUAUGGAAAUUUAGGGUAAAUUGUAGCAAAAGUGUUAAGGUUUGUAUGGGUCAAAAUGAUUUUUGCUACAGUGAAGCUUGACAGGAGAGUGUGGGCAGGUCAGAUGGAUAGACUCAGUCAGAGUUAUGGUCCCAUGUGGGCUUCAUUGCCCUCACCAUUUUGAGUCACACAAUGGUAGCAUGGUGGGUGGUGACCUGGACAAAGAGUGGGUUUUGGGCUCUGGUCAAAAGUAUAGCACCUAGGGGGCACCUACGUGGCUCAGUGGAUUGAGAGCCAGGUCCAGAGAUGGGAAAUUCUGGGUUCAAAUUUGGCUGCAGACACUUCCUAGCUAUGUGACAAUGGGCAAGUCACUUGACCUCCAUUGCCUAGCCCAAUGAUGGUGAACCUUUUAGAGACUGAGUGCCUAAACUGCAACCUUCAUGCCACAUGUGAGACGCCCCUGCCCUACCCCAGAUAGGGGAAGGAGGAAGUACUCCCAUUGGUCUGUUGGGCAGAGGAGUGGGUGAUGAGAGGUAUGAGUGGAGAGGGGGAGGGGAGCAGUCCCUUCCUGCAUGCAUGCCAUAGGUUUGCCAACUUGAGCCUAGCCCUUACUGUUCUGCCAAUACACAGUAUUGAUUCUAGGAUGGAAGGUAAGGAUUUUAAAAAAAUUAAAAAAAAAAGCAUAGCACCUAUAGGGGCUUGGGUUUUCAGAUAAAGUGCUUGCUGUGGCAAUUGUCACAUUGCUGGUGAGGUGAUAGGGACAGGAACAUGGACCAGCAGCCAAAGUAGGGUUUCUAAAAAUUAACCAGGAAGGGCCAACUCAGGAUAAAGAAGGAAUUCUGGCUGUUUUGCAUCAGCAAGUUUGUGGGAGAGUUUCUGCAGCCAGUUCUAACUAGAACUGUGUGUGGUUAAGGUUUAACCUUACCCAGAAUUGUGUAACAGUCAACAUGCCUGGGAGAGUGGGGCCAUAGAGUCUGUUGGCCAUUCAGUUCUCUCCAAAAAAGUGAAGAAAAGUUGUAUGAGCAAAUCUCAGAAUUAUUGAUGCAGUAGAGACUGCAUAUCACUAGAUUCCACUGGAUGUCAACAAGAACCAAUCCCAGAUUCAAUUCACACUAUCCAUGGUUUUUUAAUUAUAACAUGAUUUUAAUAAAUAGGUAAAAAAAACCAAAACUUCGUUUAUCCAGGAACACCAGUUUGAAUUGCACAGUUUUCUACCUAAGAUGGAAAAGAAGGACUGAGUUUGAAUUAUAUAAAAAAAUUAAGAGAAACUGGACUUCAUUCCAAGACCAAGAAGUUCUCUUUUGCUAAAUUUCAUAUACUGUGUAAGACUUUCCUCUAAAGACAGGCAUUUGGAACCCUGACACCGGUUAUAAGAAUUUAAAGAGAAAGCCCUCUUUAAAGGACUUUGAUAUGCACAUCAACCCAGAAACAGAACUUCAACAGGUGGAAGAGCAUCUGAUUUGGACCAUGUUAUAAGCUUGUGCAUUUCCAAAGAUUAGAAGAGCCACUCAAGGUCCAGUAACUGGCAGAAGAGCUGCAAGCAGUCAAGGCCGGUGAGGAAGCAGCCCUGACAUGUAAUACCCUAGUUGGCCUAGCCCAACAGUGAAUUGACCUGGCAGCAAAUAAGGGAAUGACUUGCCUACUGGCUGUCACACCUAGAAGUGAACUUGAUGGGGGGAAUGAUGUUAGUCACAUCAUAACAUCUGAGUUUCCUUUCCCUAUAGAUCAUGGUGCUAAAAGAGAAAGAGAGCACUCCUAGUUUCAGAAUGUACCUAUUUCUGCUGUUGCACUAAAUAUCUCAUAAUAAAAGCUAUUCGUUGUUAACUAGUUAAUUGAUUUUAAGGAAAUCUCAACUGAUAUUGAGGAGAGACCAGCUGGUUAGAAGAUACUGGGUACAGUAAUCCCUGACUAGAUGACAUUGGAGAAACAUUAACUGGCAUGCCAGGAAUACAGAGAUGAUACGUUGGACAGUGGCUCCUGAGCCAGUAUUAAUAGAGAAACAACCACUGAGCAUCCCAGGGUUACUCUGAGGCAAAUUGUAACUUUACUCUGGAGACCUCGCUGCUAGUGGAGCUAGUAGAGAGCUUAUGUUUGGUAAGCUGCCUUUCUAGCCUUAUUUCAUAUCUAGCCAAACCAGACUACCUGAACUUCAUAAACUCUUUUGUGCUUUUUAUCAGCCCCUUUUAUAGAAGACAGCCUGGGCUUCAGUGACAUUUGUUCUGGAGUUAAUAACCUGUGGCAGGGACCUUAGAUUGUGGGAAGAUGUGGCUUAGAGAAGCCCAGAUCCCCAUCGGUCCCACCAAUUAAACCGUGACCUUAAAUACCAGUGAUGUGUUGGCCCCCCACUGAGAGAACACGCGAUCGAGUUUCAUGCUACAAUGUGGCCACUUACAUUUUGGCUGUUGUAGUCCUUCUGGUAACAAUGGCCUGUGUCGUUCCCACUGAGAACUCAUUUGAUGUCCUUCAGCACAAUUUCCCUCAGAUCAUAUCUUCCUAUUAGACUCUGAAAUUCUGGCCUAUGGUUUAUAUUUCACUUUUGUUUUUCAUUUAUAAGUUUAUUGUAAAUAAAAAAAACAAAACAAUGCAGCACUCACAUGCGGUAAUAGUCCUUUAUAGAAACAAGAACAAUUCCGUUCAAAAUAUCUCACCAGGCUGAUAAUCACGAAGGAUGGGGUGGGGUUGAAGUUGGGAACUCAGUUAAACUGAGUAUAGACAACUUGUACAGUUAAACAGCAUAGGCCAGGGAAAGGGGAGAGAGAAGAAAACAGAUGGGAAACCUUGGUUUGUAACAUUUUUUUAAAAAACCCUUUCCUUCCAUCUUAGAUUGAUAUUGAUUUGAAUACAGAAGAAGGGUAAGGGCUAGGCAGUUGUGGGGUUAAGUAACCUGCCUGUGGCCACAUAGCUAGGGGUCCUUAACUCUUUUUUUUAAACCCCUUUCUUCCCUCUUAGAAUCAAUACUGUGUAUUGGAGUGAUGAGGGUUAGGCAAUGGGGAUUAAGUGACUUGCCCAGGAUCACACAGUUGGAAAGGUCAUAUUUGAACCCAGGAUCCCUCAUCUCUAGGCCUGGCUCCACUAAGCCACCUGGUAGCUUUCAGUCCUUAACUUGUAAAAAAUGUUACUUAAGUACUAGUGGCUCCUGAGAUUCUUGUCUAUAGUCAUAAUGAAUAAAGCUGUAGCUAAAUGGAAAGUCAAAUUCUAUUCAUAAGGCAUUAAUGUUUGUACCAUAAUAUUGAUAAUCUCUCAGAGAAAGGAAGAGAAACUACAGAUAAACUUGGACCAGAAAAGGGAUUGGUUCGUUCCAAAGUAGUCCUGGCUCUUCUUGAGAUGGUGUUUUGUGUUUUUUAUUUGCUGCAUCUUUUGUUCUGUUUGAAAAGAAAAUAUUAAAAAAUUAACUAUGGAAUUCAUUAUUGUUCCUCUUAUUUAUGUUAUAUGGCCUUUGUGGUUCAUGGCAAAACUUGAUAGGUUUAAGACUGGGAGCCCAGUGGGUUCACAUGUGUGGUGGUAGUUCCAGCAGUCAAGAGUGCUCUAGAGGGCCACCAUGUCUCAGGAUUGCCUCUUUGUAGCUCUAAUAGCGACAACAGUUUGGAGCACUGGUUAGUAUUACUUUAGUCUGGUCCCAGCACCAGUUCUGCACCUGAGUUCAAAGGUACCAAUGUGAGUCUUACUGGCAUGAUUAAACGUUUCUGAAGUAUCUUGCCCAAAUACAUACCAAUCUUAACCACCACGGCCAUCUGAAUUUUAACAAAGCAAGUUACACUGAUGUGAUCCAGGAGACAGAAACACACAUUUACAGUGGCUAAGAAGAUGACCAGAGCACUGGGCUUGGAGUUACAAAGACUUGAGUUUGAAUCUCAACACGCAUUCUUGUUAACUAUGUGAGCCAGGGCAAGGCAUUGUUUAACUUUUUUCUGGAUCAAUUUCUUUUUCUGCAAAAUGAAAAAAAAAUAGCAUUUACCUUACAGAGGUUAUUGUGAGGAUCAAAUGAGAUAAUACAUACAAAGUGCUUUGUAAAACUUAAACUGAUACAUAAAUGUUAGUAGCUAUUAUACAUAUGGAUGUAUAAUGUAUAAAUAAACACAUUUUUAUAGUGA